AUGACUGUUGACGUGUCGAGAGGCGGACCAGAAAUACCAGGGGCUUCCCCGGGAACAACGGCACAUACGGGAGGUGGAUUGGGAUGGCCGCCAGCGGGAAAAAGCAUAGAGUACGGGGGCGGGCGCGACGCCCUGUUCCAUGAGGUGCACAUGACUGGGAAGCGUGCGGUGAUGAAGGAAGUGUGGGAGCUCUGCUUGCUGUUGAAGACAGUAUUGAUAGGCACGUGCUCCCUGAACAUGUGCUUGCUCCGCGAAGUCAGUAUGGUCGAAUGGCUGAUUGGGCAUGUGCUGGGUAGUGGUGCGAGUUUGAGAUGGCAUAUUGUGGAUGUCAGGCUGGGGGAUAGAGGCCAUAAGGGUGGGAAGGCCGCCCACACUGACCAUUGCUUUUUUGAGCAGGAAGGAAUCCGGUCUUUCGGCCUGGUGCUCAUCAACAAGCGUUGCUCGUCACCGUCAUCAUUGGCAGUAACCGGCCUGUCGUCCUGGUAUUCAGCAACAGAUGUUCAUCGUGGUCAUCGCACACCUGAUCUGAUAGCGCCUCGGCAACAGAUCUUCAUCGUCAUCAUCUUGAACAGUGUCACCAAGAUCGUGACCAUGGCUAACAUCGAAGGUGUUCAUCGAUAUGAUAAAGGUGGUUAUGGUGGAAGACUGCACCCCAGAAUCACUCAAUCAGGAGCUGUUGUCAUGCACAAAGUAGGAAAGGUUACAAUAUAUUACAAGGGAGGUCGACAAUGUUGUGAUACAUAG